AUGCCAAUGUUUCGUCUACCCCUCUUCGUUUCCACCCUGCUGCUUCUCUGCGGUCCGCGCUCAACAUCACAUGUAUUCCACGCCUUCGCCGCAGAAACCAGGGCCUCGACAGUCAUUGCAUUGAGUUCAGAGGAGGAACAGGAGGACCUUACCGUGCGAAUUCUCAAGGAAGCAGCUGACAAUCUCUGCGGCGGCGGGGCAAAAAAGGGCGACUGGUUACAUGCCACACUUCGCGUAUAUGGUACGCCUCCUGUCGGUCUCGCUGCUCUCUUUGUGGCGUGUUUUCUUCAAGGAGCUGAGGAAGAAGAAGGCACUGCAAUCGGUACCGCAGAACAAGAAUUCAUGCUGGGAACGCAUUCCGUAGCUCCACUCAACGUUUCCCUCUACGGAAUCUGCCCGGGAGAAGUUCGGUAA